AUGAAGAGCGUGAAAUGUAUUUCUUCUUUCAUUGUGCAGGAAUUCUCAUUACCGGAAACUUUCGAUUACUCGAACGUCACAAGUAUUUUGGUGACGGGAUGCGUUGACGCCAGCUUGAAUUUUUCGAGUUUUUCCGGUUCGAAAAAAAUCAGUAACAUCGUCGUUCAGAAUAUAAGUGGACGUUUGGCAUUCCAGCCAUUUGCGAAAUUACAAAAAUUCCGAAUAUUCAAACUCGUAAGAAUACGUAAAAUAUUAUUGAUUGCACCCGACACGUUUCCAAGUUUCUCUAAUAUAGAAAACUUUCACAUCGAGGACACGUGGAUUGAAAAUUUCGAGGACCAAUUUACGAACAUAAACGUGACGUACUUGAAAAUGAAAAAUGUUACGAUCGAUCGAAUGAUCGGUAUGAAUUUAUCGGAGAGGGGCAAGUGUUUGACGAUCCACGAUUCUGUGAUAAAAAGUGUUCAAACGACUUUGAACUUCGCUUUUUUUUCAAAAAUCGACAUUAGGAAUUCGGGAUUCGAGCUACAAAAGCCAGGACACCUGUCGAUCGAGGGAAAUUCCGCUAUUGUAUUGAACAGCGUUUUCACCAACGUUAGCAUGAAUCUCGUUGCGAGUGACAUUACGAUCAACGGUAGCUGUGCCGAUGGGAAAAGUUCGCUGAGGUUAUCCGCCAACAGAAUUGAGAGUUCUCACAAUAGAUUACCCACUGAAAUCAUUUAUACUAGAAACUUAGUUCCACGAGAUAACGAUACUGAUUUCCCGUUGAUAGUCAACAAUACUGUAUGUAUCGCCGGGAACUGUAAGUGUCCCAAGAGCAACGGUCACAAUUCCUACGAACGUUUUCAUGCUAAUAUUUAUCUUGGCAUGUUGCUUUUUUUUCUUGUACCCGGAUUAUUAUGAUCGAUUCAAUUCAUGGCAUGAAAAACUACAGGUGAAAACACAGAGGCAUAUUAUUCUCGGUUUUUCCAGUGAAAUUUUGAUAAUGCACUUAAAUAUUUUUCUUUCCAGUCACGAUACUCUGGCUUCAAAAAUUUUUUUUAUUAGUCACUUCAAUGAAGAGAAUUCACAUGCUGAAAACUUUGAACUAUUUUGUCAGAUUGAUUAAAUUAAUUCAUUGCAAGCUGUCAAUUUUUCUUUCCAUAUUUUGUUUUUUUCAGUUAAUCGUUCACUCCAGGCAUAAUCA